AUGUCAGACAACGAUGGCAUCAAUUUAGGACCACCGCCAAACGAAACACUGUCUGGCGAUGACGCAGAGACAUCUAAUGACUCAAUCGAAUCGGACCAACCAUUUUUGUGUGAUGAAAUGUUCACCAAUUUCGAGCCUGGCGUCGAUCAUGAUUUCGAGGAGUACAGUGAUGCCGUUGAUAUCGAUCCCUUUAUUGAAAAUAUUGACAAAUACAAUGUUGAAUCUGUCAAGGCAUUCUUGCCUAGCGUUUUGGCAUCCGAUGGAUUGAAAUUGAGGGAUGGAUUCACUGGCGACGAAAUUAACUAUCAUAUCAUUCCAAUCAUUCCCAAAGAGGCCGAAGAAAUUGUCACGCAUAUUAUUUCUGGCGCCGAAGCCGAAGCGCGCUAUGAGAAAAUGUAUUCGGCGGAUAAGGAGACAUUCAAGGACAAGGAGAGCGAGAUUCGAGCGAUGCAUACAUACAAUUUCCUCUUAAAAUUUAUCAGCAUCAUCCAGAUGAAAGAAAAGAAUGAAAAGAUCACCUAUCAAUCAUUGAUCGACAAUUACAAAUUGAUGGUGAAUGGAGAAGUUUGCCAGGAUUUGUACGCCAUGAUGAACCCAUUGCUGCAUUUCGACAAAAAUCCCGAAUUGAAGCGCGAGUGGUACCAUUAUUAUACGAAUCGCGCAUCGUUGAAGAAGUUUGUGAGCAUGACGCAGUUUUCUGGAAUUCAAGUGUUCACCGAUGACAACAAUUUGCAGAUUAUCACGUUGCGAAAAACGGCGCAGCCUUUCAAAAAAGAGGAUUUCGAGCGAAUCGUGUCGAGCGGAAAUUCGACGGACGGCGAGGAGAACGCCGGACGAUACAUGAGGCCGAAGAAGUAUCGCGAGGCGGAUCCGAAUUUCAGGCCGACAAAUAUUGAGCUCGAUGAGGAUACGUUCAAUUGUCAAAAGCCGACGACGAUCAAACCGAAGUUUGCGAGGACUGACGAUUGGGGAGCGCCGCCGAUUCCGAACAGCGGAUUUGGGGGGCCACCGAUCGAUCCGGACGAAAGCCGACACCGCGGCGAAUGGGUUGAUCGCGCGCACACCGGACACGCUGUGAUUGAAUCGGAAAGCGAGGCGAGCAGCAUCGAUUCGGAAGGCGAAUAUUCCGAUGAUGAUGAGAAUGUGAAGCGGCAGAAGCGUGCCGAGCAGGAAAGGCGUCGAAUAGAGAAAGAGCGUCGACGGAUGGAGCGCGAAGCGAAUCGCAAAGCCGAACAGCCGCGAGAAUUCCAAUCGACGUUCGAUGCGUCGCCGAAAAAAGUUGUCCGGAAACCAUCGUUCGAUGAUGAUGUUGAUGAUGUUAUCGGCUCAGUGAAAUCGUCAAACAAAUGCCGUCCGAGUGUCUCGAAGCUUCCAGUCACAAUGCUCGAGAAUGAUGGUAUCAAUGAAACGCGAAGGAGCUAUGCGCCGCGAACGAAUGACGAUGAGAAGCGAAGGAAGUUUGAAGAAGAGGAACGAGAAAUUAUGCGUAGAAACAACCAGAGAAGACAUCUUGAGCAAUCGACGAGCCAAGAUGAUGGUGGAAUGACGGAAGAGGAGAAACGAUUGCUGCACAAGCAGAAGGUGAUAUCGGAAGAGGAAUCGGAGCGUCUUCGUGCCCAGUUGAAACAGGAUGAGGAGUUGGCGCGGCGACUCGCGAUGGAAGAGGAUGAGCAAUUGCGACGUGACGCGCGAGUGUACACGACAAAUAUACCGCGGCCGGUGAAUGUGCCGAAAUCGCAAUUUGGCAGCAACUAUUCAAUUGGAAUGCCGCCGGAGAGCCAUCGAAAUGCUCCGACAACGAGCUAUAUGCCGAAGCCGAGUCCGACUUCAAUGUAUGCGCCACUUUUGAAGCCGAAUAUGUAUGUACCUCCGGGCGAGCGUUUCCAUGCGCCGAUGCCAUCACCAUAUCCGGAAUAUCAUCCGGUUCGGAGCAAUCACACAGUGCCGCCGAACGCUUAUCCGAACCAGACAUUUUCAACAGUUCCGUCGCGUUGGUCGCCGCCGGAAUCCGAUCGUGGAGAAUACGCCCAUCCGUAUGCUGGUCUUGGAACGACAAGGAAAUUGAAUGAAACAGCCGCCUCGUCUUAUUCGACUCGCCCGCUGCCGGCUGAAGAAGUGGUUCGAAAUCGCAUUCUAUUCUUGUUGCGAGAAUGGCGAAAUGAUGGUGUUAUUGUAACGGGGACAUAUCUUGAAAAAAACUACACAUUUGCACGCAACACGCCUAUCGAUCUAUUGGCGUUUGUGCGGAAUUUCAUGACGCACGAUGUGGUCCUUCAGCCGAUCGAAACCGGCGCUGGAACGGACUUCGUCAUCCAUUUGAAGGAAUGA